AUGCCCGCCCAGGCCAGCACAUCUGCCCCCGCCGCCCUGCGCACCAUCGACGACACCGAGGAGGAGAUCCCGCCGCUCGCGUUCGACACCGAGGACGAGCUGCGCGCCGUCCUCGAGCGAUGGAGGGCCGACCUCGUGCGGCGGGUCGACGAGCGGUGCGGGGCGAGCGCGGGCGGCAAGGGCAAGGGCAAGGGCAAGGCUGCGCAGGGGCAGAUGACCGCCCAGGACAAGCAGCGCGUCGAGGAGCUCGUCAUGAAGCAAUUCUACCGCAAGGUCGAGUCGAUCAUCUCGUCGAACUGCACCAUUGCCGGCCUCCCCGUCGCCGAGUACGAGCGCAAGAAGAAGCGCGGCGAGCUCGGCAAGACGCAGCCGUUCAACGACGAGCUGCACCAGCGUGUGCUCAAGUACCAGAACGACCUGUUCGACGCACGCGAGGUCAACGCCCGUGAGCGGGUCGACGCUCCGUCGCGAACGGCCGAGUACGUCCAAGGCGUCGUCGAGCUCGACAAGGAGUACCUCGGCAAGCUCGAAGACGCGCGCGCACCCGUCCCCGACGAGCUCUCCCUCCCCAAAGUGCGCCCGCGCAAGAGCCUCGGCGUCGCAGCCGCCCCGCAGGAGGCGCCGACGCCGGCCCAGGCGCAGCAGUACUUCGAGGAGGGGCGGCAAACGCUCGACCGGCUGCUCGAGGAGGUGCCCAGGCUCGCUACGGCGGCCGACGAGGCGCGCCAGGUUGCGCUCGACGCGGCGGCACUCGAGUGAGCGGUGGGGCCGAGCGUCGGCGGGGCGGUCUGUAGUCUUGUC